GUCGAGCAGCUGGUCAGCGAACGUAAACAGCGUGGAGCAGCGCACGUGUUCCGCAGGAGUUCUCGUGGAGCGCCUCGGCGCCACGACGAGACGCUCCAGAAGGAUUUAUCGGACGUCUUAACAUGCCUGACCAGCUAGAGUCGUGUGCAGCCAUUCCAGCUGCACGGAGGCUGAUUUAGGAAGUCUGGAAAAGCAACAGGGGGCGUCUCCCCACGCCCCGCCCCGGUGGGGAUGUCCUCCCGCAGACAACAAGCGCGCAUUGACGGCGCAAGCACGCACGCACGCCGUGACAUCACGCACGCCGGCCUCCAUAUAACGCAGCCGCGUCGUCCCCGUGGAGGCCACGCACGAGCAUCAUGACGAGCCGGAGCGCGUGCACCGGAACCAGAACCCGCAGCGACGUCCGCAUGCCUGCUGCCCGCCGUGCGCGACACUCUUACGCGUAAUCGCGCCAUGGAUCCGAACCCGCACUCCGCGGUCGUGCUGGUUCUGUACCUGGGCCUGCUGCUGGACCGGGGAGGCUGCCAGCGCUACUACCUCCUCCGACCCAUCCCCAGUGACAGCAUGCCGCUCGUGGACUUAAAGGAGGACCCGGACCCCGUGCUGGACCCCAGGGAGCGGGACCUUAAUGAGACCGAGCUCAGGAGCCUCCUGGGAGACUUUGACGGCCGCUUUUUGUCCGUUUCGCCGCCCGGCGACGACCAAUUCCCCGGGAACGACGAGCUGGAGGACGCGGAUCUGCAGAAGCUGGGCGGGGUUCUGCCCAAGGAGAUCCGGGCUCUGGACUUUGACGCGCAGCUGGGCAAGAAGCACAAAGCCAGUAAGAAACUGAAGCGGCGCCUGCAGCAGUGGCUGUGGUCCUACACCUUCUGCCCGGUGCUGCACACCUGGACCGACCUGGGACACCGCUUCUGGCCGCGCUUCGUGCGCGUGGGCGGCUGCCUCAGCAAGCGCUCCUGCUCGGUGCCGGAGGGCAUGGUGUGCAAGCCCGCCGCCUCCACGCACCUGGGCCUGCUCAGGUGGAGGUGCUUGCAGAGGAAGGCGGGGCUCAAGUGCGCGUGGAUCCCGGUGCAUUACCCCGUCAUCACGGACUGCAAAUGCGCGUGCGCGGGCUAAUCAUCAUUGCGCUGCGAGUGUUUAUUAUUUUUAUUUAGUGGACUAUGAAUGUACAACAAGUUGUGACUUCUCCUGCCCUGUAAAUUAAGGACAUUUUGCUAUUUAUUCUUUAUAUUCUUGCAAUAAAACUACACUGACUUGA